AUGGACGAAGUCACUAACUUGGUAUUCAGUGAAACCGCGUCGCGGCCAUCUUUUUGGGCUGGAAUUUGCAGUUGCGGCGUGUAUUCCACCUCCCCAUUCUCCAUCAUCCAUGCUGGUCGAGGCCCCAUGACGCUGGGGCCCCUGUCCCAAAAUAACUCUCCGCCGAUGCCAGCCGCGUGUAAAAUGGGGCAGUUAUUUGAUCAGCCACCAAGGCUUGCCUUGAUGAAGGCACUCCUGGAAGAGGCCGGGGAGAUUAUCAGUGCAAUGGAAAUUUAG